AUUUUUUUAAUAUCUUGUGAUAAACUUUACAUCAGAGUAUUGUGGUUUACAAGAAUAUAAACAAAGUGCGAGCUACAGUUAACAGAAGUCUUCCAGACCGAUAGAGUUUAAACUGGAUGUUGCAGGAAUUGAAUUUUUGAUUUAAAUCAUUUUCUAAAUUUUUUUUACGAUUAUAAAUUUUGCGUAUUUUCGUUAUUGUGGUGACAGUUGUACGAAAAUUAAAAUAUUUUUCUGCUUGUUGCGGUGUUAAGUACUAUCAGUGAAAACAUGUAACAGUACUUCAUUCCCAUUCGAUCUCCCAAUGGUUCCGACGCCAUGUAAUGGUUACGCAUAGCCGCGUAACGAUGCUUCAAGAGGAGAAACAGAUGUUAGUUAGAAUAGGCAUCCCCUGCAUUUUGGCGCCAAUUCCACCACCGUAAGCGCGCGAAGAGCGUGCACAAUCCAAGGCAUUCUGGGAUAUGACCACGUGAAAAGGGAAAAUGUGGACGGUCCCAUGUGGCCGCUAGAGAGAGGGGCGAUCGCUGGUUGUGCUUUUAACUAGUUGUUUGUGUGCUUUUUUUCACUUCGCGGUAUUUGUAUUCACUUAAAUGGGAGGUCUCCGUUUCAGGAGACUUUGUUUGCCCUGUGACAUGUUUACUGACUAUCAUGUAUAAAAAUUCUACAGGGUGUUCUUGCAACACCUCGAGUAGGCUUAACGCUUACAUUUUACCAAAAAUAUCGGUAUGAAUUCUCCUCUUCGAAAGGAUAAAUAGGGUACGAACAAAUGCUAUGGAGAAAUAAGCAGUUUCCAAUUUGGGAAGAGCCAAUAGCAUAGAAACGUGGAAUUCAUAUUUUCUAAACAAAGUUUACGGCAUGUCCCAGAUAAUCACUCUUCCUGUUGUCAGUACAGCUACAACAAUAGCCAUGUCACCUUUCAAGAUGGAACCCGCUAUUUUACCAAAAACUGUGCAUCUUUCCAGUUCGCCUGUGAUACUCAGCACUCCACAGCGUGUCGUCGCAAGUGUCAUAAAUAAUUCUCGUACACCCCAGCAUCUGCUGCCAGCCACUGAACAUGCUGUGGCGUGGUCGGGAAAGCGUCCACAUGAAUUUGCGGAUGAGUAUUCUGAAAGGUGUGUUCUUUUAAUGUACAGUAAACGAUGCAAGAAAGGUGAAAAAGGUGGUAAGGGCCUACGUCACUUUUCUAUGAAAGUUUGUGAAAAAGUCCGUAAAAAAGGCACAACUUCUUAUAAUGAAGUGGCUGAUGAGCUGGUUGCUGAAUUUUCUGAUCCUCAUCGGCACAUGUGUCCCACAGACCAGGCUUAUGAUCAGAAAAAUAUUCGAAGGAGAGUGUAUGAUGCUUUGAAUGUUUUAAUGGCCAUGAAUAUUAUUUCGAAAGAAAAGAAAGAAAUUAAAUGGCUGGGCUUGCCAACUAAUUCUGCUCAGGAGUACCAAAAUUUGGAAAAAGAAAAACAGAAAAAAAUUGAAAAAAUUAGGCUAAAAACGCUGCAUCUACAAGAGUUAAUUAUUCAACAAAUAGCUUUUAAAAACCUUGCUGCACGAAACAGAGAUACUGAACGCCAAAUGAAAUGUCCACCUCCAACAAACAAAAUUCGCCUGCCUUUCAUAUUACUAACCACUCAUAAAGAUACUGUAAUUGACUGCAGCAUUUCUGGUGAUAAGAAGGAGUACAGAUUCUGCUUCAAUGAUGUUUUCCAAAUCAGUGAUGACACUGAAGUUUUAAAGAGAAUGGGUCUGGAUUGUGGCUUAGACAAAGGCAGCAGUACUCCUGAAGAUAUAAAUAAGGCAAAGAAUUUGGUUCCUAAAGCUUUGCAGCCAUAUAUCAAUUUGAUGUCUCAGGGAAAAACUGAUUUACCACCAGGUAUGAUUAGUGAAGGUAAUGGAGUGAAGAUUGAAGGUGACUACUUCAGUGAUCCAUCGAGGUUUGUUUAUUGUGAGCUUCAAGAAGCCUCUUCUUCUUCAUCGGGACCUGGCUCAGAGUAUGUUGACAUAGAAAAUGCUUUAGAUAGUACCAAAUCUGUAUUGUCACGCCAGUCAAGCGUGGGAUCCCUUUCUGACCUCCCUUCCCGCCCUGGGACAAGCACGCCUUCCGAAGACUACUCAGACUGUGAUUCGGAAUCGCUGGAUGGCGAAGAAUCAAACUGAAGAACUGGAAAAAAUGAAUUGAACUGUAUUGUUAUAAUUACAAAGAAGUACCAAGAAUUUUCAUUUCUGGCAUUAUGUAAGUAAGUUUUGAUUGUCAAUCAUAUCAGUUUGAAUUGGAAAAAUAUUCGCACACAUUGUCUGAAAGGAUAAAUAUGCCAUUUGUGCGAUUUUUCCAGCUGAACGGAAUACUGCGUACCUGAAGUGCACUGAAUAUUCUACUAAGACUAUGCCUUUUUCUAACUAUCUUGGCAAGUAUACAUACUUGCCUUUGUGAUCAAGCCUCCUUCCAUCCAGUAACUGUUCUUUAUUUUCUCUUUGUAUGCGAAACAUUGUGCAUUGUAUGAUUGUACAGAGGAUGCCAGAAUUCCAUUGAUGUUUUGUAUUGUCUAAUGUCUGCGAGACUGAUGGCCGACGGACUGGCUGUUUUUUUCCUUUUAGCUCUUUACAAAGAAAUAUGUGUAUAGGUCACGUGUGAAUAUGACAUUUUCUCUCUCUGGCGUGCAGAAAAAAUAUAUUUGUGCUACACAUUUCUGACAGAUUUAGAACAAUGCCAUUAUUACCAAAUGUACACGCACAAGUCUUGUGUAACAAGAUGAACUAUGCCCAAGGUGUUUUUAAUUAUAAAUUUUUCCUCUGCACCACUACAUAGUCAGCAAUAGUUCAGUAAAUGGAAACACUCUACUCUGUUGGUUUUUUCAUUUGUCAAAAUUUUAUUGGCUGUAUAUUUUUCAUUAUUUUUGUCAUGUUAUCAUAACCAGUUUUUAAAUCAAUACUUUGUCGUAUUUUAAAAAUACUUUUUUAAAGAUAAAGAAUUGGUUGCAUUUUUAUUAAUUGUAAAAAUUGUUUGUCAUCAAAUUUCAAUCAUUGUUUUUAAUUUUAAAACCACAUUAUUAUAUAUAAAAC